AAAUAGAGAGGGUGAUGUGAUAUUCGUGGCUGGACUGCUAAUUUUUUAUACUAUCUAUCCAUUAAAUUUUGCCGUCAGUGGACGUGAUAAUAUCAUAGUGAAUUUGAUUAUGACGCCAAGUUCAUGGCAGCAGCAGGCAUUUGCCAUGGAUGCGCGGGUGAAUGCCCUGAGAGCUGCAAAACACCCAAAUUUUCGUACUCAAUAUUUGCGAAGGAGAAGUCAACUGCUGCGAGAAAAUACUGCUACACACGAUGAUGAAAACAUUCAGCUAGAGAGACAGGCUUAUUUAAGGACCAGAGCUCAGCUUCUCCACAUGAAGUACGGAAUCAUGUGUGAUCAAUCCAGUACAAGAAGUAUGAGCGCCAGGAGUAGUAGGAUAAGCGAAUCUCCUGAGAGAAGGGGUUCAAUGUGUGACUGGCCAAUGUCUGAAAGUAAAACACGCAGGGGUGAUGUAGUUCCAACUGCAGAUGCGGAGGCUUCAAGAGCCAUCGUAGGCGGCACCACAAUUGAGGAAAAUUAUGCUUUUGUAGGGGUGCAUCACAUUUUUGACCAGCAUUCAGCGCCGGUUAACACGGUGAAGUUUGCCAACAACGACCGCUCCCAUAUGUGCUGUUGCUCCGAGGAUGGCACGCUUUCCAUUUGCAACGUGACUGCGAAUCCUCCGUGCGUGAUCGCCAUUCUACAGGGCCACAAAAAGGCAGUCACAGGGUGCGACUGGAGCAGUUCAAACGAUUUCAUCGCCAGCAGUUCUCUCGAUGGCAGCAUUCGGCUUUGGAACGUUGCCACUGACCAGAUUCCAACUUGUCUCAGAACUGUGAACAGUGCAGAGACCGGAACUGAGAACCUUUGCUGCCUCUUCCACCCAGGAAAUGGCAAUCUCGUUGUUAGUGGGAACUCUAAAGGAAUAGUGCAAAUUGUCAACAUAUCUACUGGGAUAUAUCCAAAAAGCGGCUCGAGCAAGAUGGGAGGUAGAGUUCAGGCAAUAGAAUUUGAAUCGUCAGGCCAAAUGCUCUGGGCUGGGAAUGAUAAGGGUCUGAUUUUCUCGUUUUUCGUGAGUGCCGCCAACGGACGUAUUUCCAAAUGUAGGAGACUGAGUCUGGGCGACCACUGCUCCGUCACUUGCAUCUCUUGGAGGGCCUGGUGCAGUAGAGAGGCCAGAGAUCCAACUCUUCUGGUGAAUGCCACCAAUAAUGAUGUUUAUCUUUUUGGUGUGACUGACAGAGAGGGAAAACUUCUUCUAAAAAGGCGAUUUCCGAUCAAGCACAAGGAGCUGCCUGUUCACUCCACGUUCUGCCCAAUCAUGUCGUUCCGCCAAGGCGUUUGUGUUGUGAGUGGUAGUGAGGAUUGCUGCGUCUAUUUUUUCGACAUUGGCAACGAACGCAGUCCCUGUUUCAAUAAGCUGCAAGGGCACUCAAGCCCUGUUCUUGGCAUAAGCUUCAAUUACGAUGAGUCUCUUUUAGCUUCAAGCGAUCAAGAAGGUUUGGUCAUUCUCUGGAAGAGAGUGAGCAAAAACAACUCUAGCGCAGCAAGCCCUGCUGAUUGAAUCUGAUAUAUUGGUUGAAAUAAAAUCUAUCUUCUGUUCAA